UUGUCAUUCUAGCUGCUUGCUACCUCCGCAGCGUCUCUCUAGCUCUCUCUGUGCUAACUGCCUGCGCCUUAGACAGGGUGCGCAAAGCAGAAGGAUUCGUUGGGACCUGCCAUGGCAUCCCCCAGAACCUUAACUGUCGUGGCCCUUUCAGUGGCCUUGGGACUCUUCUUUGUUUUCAUGGGGACUAUCAAGUUGACCCCCAGGCUCAGCAAGGAUGCCUACAAUGAGAUGAAACGUGCUUACAAGAGCUAUGUCCGAGCCCUCCCUCUGCUGAAGAAAAUGGGAAUCAAUUCCAUUCUCCUACGUAAAAGCAUUGGAGCUCUUGAGGUGGCCUGCGGCAUCAUCAUGACCCUUGUGCCUGGCCGUCCCAAAGAUGUGGCCAACUUCUUCCUACUCUUGCUCGUGUUGGCUGUGCUCUUCUUUCAUCAGCUGAUCGGCGAUCCUCUCAAACGCUACGCCCAUGCCCUGGUGUUUGGAAUUCUGCUCACCUGCCGCCUGUUGAUUGCUCGCAAACCUGAAGACCGGUCUUCUGAGAAGAAGCCCUUGCCCGGGAAGGCUGAGGAGCAGCCCUCCUUGUAUGAGAAGGCCCCCCAGGGCAAAGUGAAGGUGUCAUAAGAAAGCAGAAGUGCAAAAAGUGGACCUUCUAGGCAGUUGCCUCCAUGACAUCAGUAAGAUGUCAACGUGUGUUUUUCAUCUGAUUUAUUUAUCUUGGGGGAAAGGGAAAAAUAUAAUCUGCAAAGUAAUGACCAUAUUGGCUUGUGUACAUCUAUAUCCUAAAUGACCUCCCCACUUAGACAUAUGUGCACCACCGUUAAUCACUUCAGGGCAACUCUCACAUCUUGCUGCAUGUACAUGUAUACGGCUACUAUUGAAGUGUAUUUGUAAGAUGGACUUCAGCAAGCAUGUGACUGUGAAAUUGUGUGGGAAAAUUUAACUACCGUGUGUGUGUUCGCACACACGCACGUGCAGAGGAAAAGGCUCUGAAUUUGAACUAAUCCUGCACAGGCAUCCUUCCCUUUAUAGAUCAAUUCCAGCAAAGGCAGGAUAAAAUAGACCUCAUACAAAGAGAAUCCUACAUACUUCUGGUAUAAAAUAAAUGAUGUAUUCCCAUGGUGGGGGGGAAUCCUGUAAUACAUUAAGCUGAAAAUUUAAACUCACCACUUUAAGAAAAAGUUCCUUCAAUUUGAGACACUGGGUUAUAUGUAAAAUUAAUUAGUAUCUGCUUCAACAGUUGUUUAAAUUUUAAAUACUCCAUAUUGAGUUUAAUUAAAACAAGAGGUAUAUGCAGUCAAUAGAGAGUCUAACUUCUCAAGUGAUAAAAUAGGAAGUUUCACUUUGCCUUUGUCCAAACCCAACCUACUAAGACUCUUUACUCACGAUUUGAAACUUGAAGCAGUAAAUUUGUUACCAGAUAUCUUUUUUGGAUUUUCUUGAGCCAAAAGCUGCCUUACUUCCACUAUUCUCAGCAGCUAAUCAAGACUUGGUAGUUGCUCAACUGUUGCAGUUGAGGGAGCAGGGAUUAGUCCUGUUAGAAGUAUAUGAAUCUCAAACCCUAGCUGUUCUCUUAAGUCAUCUGAAAUUUGUCAGAGGAGCUGUAUCCAGUGUUUCUCUACCAGAUCACUAGUCCUAUUGAUUCUUCACUGAACUUUGCUAGAAUAAGCAGAGUUCCAAAUCACCCCCAGGGGUGUUUCUUCUUUAUCACUCCGGUGGGUGGAGUUUUGCUGGGGGAUGGACAUUUGGUAUGUUAGUUGGAUUGAGCAGUAUGAAAAUUUGCUUUUUUCAUUACAUACUGCUAUUUCUCCUUGUUAGAUGUGCUUUGGUGAUUUAAUAUUAAUAUGACAGGGAUGCGGAAGGGGGUGGGGGUUGUGUGUGGGGAG